AUGGACCAUAGCGCUUGUGGUUACGGCACUUGUCAUGCCAGUGGUGACGGUGGUAACAACGCGGCGGGCGAUGACUUCACCCAUGUUACCUGUACUAACCCUGGGGUCACUGAUGCUUCCAAAGAUGCAAAGUUCCGCUGGGGUUCUGUUUAUGCAGACCAGGCUUGGAAGUGGGGUGUUGAUCAGUGGAAUGCUAAUCCGUUCCCUGGCGGCUUGAACUUUACAGAGCAGGGUAUCGACUGCGGUACCAUCGAGAAUGACAACCCCUGCGGCUCCAAUGUGGUGCAAUGUAACGACGUUACAUAUCCAGGAGCUUACUUCGGCAUCAACUCCAUGGAGUCCAUCUACCGUGUUCACUUCAACUUUUGGGAUGCACUUGACAGGGCUCAGAACGACAUCAAUGCCCAAGUUGCUCUUAAGGGCAUGCCUUACUUCAAAGCCAAUUCCAACACAUUGGGUACUGUCAAGGACUGGGUCAACCCAAUGAUGAACGAGCAGCUUUUCAACGGUUCGAAGGAAAAUACCGAUCUACUUUUCACCGCCAUUACGGACGGCCAGAUGCUUGAGACGAAGCACCAAGAUCUCGGCGUUGAUGCGAUUCAAGCGCUUGUUUCGAAAGCUCUCUUCGCGGAGCUGGUCCCACUCGCUUGGCAGCUGUCAUAUUCUGAACUUGGCCCUGUUGUUAUCGAUUCAGAGCAAGACUGCGGAGACAAGGCUGGCGUGAAGCACAUGAACUCCAAGAACUACGAGUCAUCUGGUGUCUGUGUCGGUUCCAAGAUGUACUACUUGAUUGGAUGCACAGGCGAAGCUCGAACCUCCGAUGAGUCCCAUGGAAGCUUCAAUGCUGGAUGCACCGAUAACUUCUUCAGUAGACUGCCAGGACUCGAUGAUCUGACCGGAUCAGAAACAGCCUUCGGUGGUUUGACCAAGGAAGAUAUCGUGAACGGAGCCGUCAACAGCUUCAUCGGUAACGGGAAUGCCAACGAAUGGUCUAUGCUCGAUCCUGCCAGCACAGUUGAUGGCAUGGACCUAGUCUCCGAGUAA